AUGGCUCAAUGGGUGUUUUCAGUGUGGACACGGAAGAGACACAUUUUUAUCUUUUUAAAUAUGAUCUUCGUUUCUAGAGUCUUUGGGUUUCGAUGGUUUCCUAAAACUCUACCUUGUGAUGUCGAACUAGAUAUCCCAAAGAACCAUGUGAUUGUGGACUGCACAGACAAGCAUUUGACCGAAAUCCCUGAGGGUAUUCCCACUAACACCACCAAUCUCACCCUUACUAUCAACCACAUACCAAGCAUCUCUCCAGAUUCCUUCCGUAGGCUGAACCAUCUAGAGGAAAUCGAUUUAAGAUGCAACUGUGUACCUGUUCUACUGGGGUCCAAAGCCAACGUGUGUACCAAGAGGCUGCAGAUUAGACCUGGAAGCUUUAGUGGACUCUCUGACUUAAAAUCCCUUUACCUGGAUGGAAACCAACUUCUGGAGAUACCUCAGGAUCUGCCAUCCAGCUUACAGCUUCUGAGCCUUGAGGCUAACAACAUCUUCUCCAUCACGAAGGAGAAUCUAACAGAACUGGUCAACAUUGAAACACUCUACCUGGGUCAAAACUGUUAUUAUCGAAAUCCUUGCAAUGUUUCCUAUUCUAUUGAAAAAGAUGCAUUCCUAGUUAUGAGAAAAUUGAAGGUUCUCUCACUAAAAGAUAACAAUGUCACAGCUGUCCCCACCGUUUUGCCACCUAAUUUACUAGAGCUCUAUCUUUAUAACAAUAUCAUUAAGAAAAUCCAAGAAGAUGAUUUUAAUAAUCUCAACGAGUUGCAAGUUCUUGACCUAAGUGGAAAUUGCCCUCGAUGUUAUAAUGUCCCAUAUCCGUGUACACCGUGUGAAAAUAAUUCCCCCUUACAGAUCCAUGACAAUGCUUUCCGUUCAUUGACAGAGUUAAAAGUUUUACGUCUGCACAGUAAUUCUCUUCAGCAUGUGCCCCCAACAUGGUUUAAAAACAUGAGAAAACUCCAGGAACUAGAUCUCUCCCAAAACUACUUGGCCAGAGAAAUUGAGGAGGCCAAAUUUUUGAAUUCUCUCCCCAAUCUUGUCGAGUUGGAUUUUUCUUUCAAUUAUGAGCUGCAGGUCUACCAUGCAUCUAUAACUUUACCACAUUCACUCUCUUCGUUGGAACACUUGAAAAUUCUGCGUGUCAAGGGGUAUGUCUUUAAAGAGCUGAAAAACUCCAGCCUUUCUGUAUUGCGCAAGCUUCCUAGGCUGGAAGUUCUUGACCUUGGUACUAAUUUCAUAAAAAUUGCUGACCUCAACAUAUUCAAACAGUUUGAAAACCUCAAACUCAUAGACCUUUCAGUGAAUAAGAUAUCCCCUUCAGAAGAGUCAAGAGAAGUUGGCUUCUGUCCUAAUGCUCAAACUUCUGUAGAUCAGCAUGGGCCCCAGGUCCUUGAGGCCUUACACUAUUUCCGAUAUGAUGAAUAUGCACGGAGCUGCAGGUUCAAAAACAAAGAGCCACCUUCUUUCAUGCCUUUGAAUGCAAACUGCCACACAUAUGGGCAGACCUUAGACUUAAGUAGAAAUAACAUAUUUUUUAUUAAGCCUUCUGAUUUUCAGCAUCUUUCAUUCCUCAAAUGCCUCAACUUGUCAGGAAACACCAUUGGCCAAACUCUUAAUGGCAGCGAACUCUGGCCGUUGAGAGAGCUGAGGUACUUAGACUUCUCCAACAACCGGCUUGAUUUACUCUACUCAACAGCCUUUGAAGAGCUCCAGAGUCUUGAAGUUCUGGAUCUAAGUAGUAACAGCCACUAUUUUCAAGCAGAAGGAAUUACUCACAUGCUAAACUUUACCAAGAAAUUACGGCUUCUGGAGAAACUCAUGAUGAAUGAUAAUGACAUCUCUACUUCGGCCAGCAGGACCAUGGAAAGUGACUCUCUUCGAAUUCUGGAAUUCAGAGGCAACCAUUUAGAUGUUCUAUGGAGAGCCGGUGAUAAUAGAUACUUGGACUUCUUCAAGAAUCUGUUCAAGUUAGAGGAAUUAGAUAUCUCCAGAAAUUCCCUGAAUUCCUUGCCUCCUGGGGUUUUCGAGGGUAUGCCGCCAAAUCUAAAGAAUCUCUCCUUGACCAAAAAUGGGCUCAGAUCUUUCCCUUGGGACAGACUCCAGUUACUGAAGCAUUUGGAAACUUUGGACCUCAGCCACAACCACCUGACGACUGUACCUCAGAGAUUGGCCAACUGUUCCAAAAGUCUCACAAAACUGAUUCUUAAGCAUAAUCAAAUCAGGCAGUUGACAAAAUAUUUUCUAGAAGAUGCUUUGCAAUUGCGCUAUCUAGACAUCAGUUCAAAUAAAAUCCAGGUCAUUCAGAAGACUAGCUUCCCAGAAAAUGUCCUCAACAAUCUGAAGAUGUUGCUUUUACAUCACAAUCACUUUCUGUGCAACUGUGAUGCUGUGUGGUUUGUCUGGUGGGUUAAUCAUACAGAUGUGACUAUUCCAUACCUGGCCACUGACGUGACUUGUGCAGGUCCAGGAGCACACAAAGGUCAAAGUGUCAUAUCCCUGGAUCUGUAUACGUGUGAGUUAGAUCUCACAAACCUGAUUCUGUUCUCAGUGUCCAUAUCAUCAGUCCUCUUUCUUAUAGUAGUUAUGACAACAAGUCACCUCUUUUUCUGGGAUAUGUGGUACAUUUAUUAUUUUUGGAAAGCCAAGAUAAAGGGGUAUCAACAUCUGCAAUCCAUGGAGUCUUGUUAUGAUGCUUUUAUUGUGUAUGACACUAAAAACUCAGCCGUGACAGAAUGGGUUUUGCAGGAGCUGGUGGCAAAAUUGGAAGAUCCAAGAGAAAAACACUUCAAUUUGUGUCUAGAAGAAAGAGACUGGCUACCAGGCCAGCCAGUUCUAGAAAACCUUUCCCAGAGCAUACAGCUCAGCAAAAAGACAGUGUUUGUGAUGACACAGAAAUAUGCUAAGACUGAGAGUUUUAAGAUGGCGUUUUAUUUGUCUCAUCAGAGGCUCAUGGAUGAAAAAGUGGAUGUGAUUAUCUUGAUAUUCUUGGAAAAGCCUCUUCAGAAGUCUAAGUUUCUUCAGCUCAGGAAGAGACUCUGCAGCAGCUCCGUCCUUGAGUGGCCUGCAAAUCCACAGGCUCAGCCAUACUUCUGGCAGUGCCUGAAAAAUGCCCUGACCACAGAUAAUCAUGUGACUUAUAGUCAAAUGUUCAAGGAAACAGUCUAGCUCUCUGAAGAAUGUCACCACCUAGGACAUGCCUGGGUACCUGAAGUUUUCAUAAAGUUUUCCAUAAAUGAAGGUCUGAAUUUUUCCUAACAGUUGUCAUGGCUCAGAUUGGUGGGAAAUCAUCAAUAUAUGGCUAAGAAAUGAAGAAGGGGAGAGUGAUAGAAGAUAACUGCUUUCUUCAUGCUGCCAUGCUCAACUCUGAAAUAUUGGUGCCUAGGAGAAAACACAAGGCUUUGAUUUAUCUGCAUACAAUUGAGAAGAGCCACACAUCUAUCUGCCCUGAAGAAAUACUAGUAGUUUCAAUAGUAGGGUAAAAAUUAUACAAGCUCUAUCUCUCUGAUACUGAACUGUACCAGAGUUCAAUGAAAUAAAAGCCCAGAGAACUUCUCAGUAAGUUGUUUCACUAUCAUGUAGUAUCCACCAUGGAAUACACCACAAAAGCAGUUACUGGUACAGGGCAGUUGG